GGAAGACGCCCCCACACAACCCAGCCGACGUUUCCUCUAAUCCAAACGCUACAAAUUCAAAGCAAGAACUGUACUCUUCCCUCUAGCUUCCCCGUACGAAAAUCACAACACAGUACCAGGGAAAAUGAUAUAAAAGGUUGAUCGAGGCGAGACUAGCCCGCCAUUUAUGCUGCUUCUUUUAACCUCUUCUGUCGCUCUCAACAUCUUUUAACCUUCAUCCAAUCAUCCGUGAUAUACGGACAGCAACUAGGAAGAAACCUUAGCUCUCCGCCUUCGCAUUCACACAUCUCCCUCCAAAGCUCUGCUAUCGGCCACCUACUCCUUUUCUCUUCACUUGGAGAGAAUAGAAGUUUGGGACUAAGGGCUGGUGGUCUCUCAUGAUGGGGAUUUGCUUGAGUGUCAGAAUCAAAGCUGAAAGCCCACAUCCAGGUUUAAGUUCAAAAUGUGUUAUUAGCACAGAUGGGAGUGGCCUGGGCAAAUCAGACAGCAAGAACUCUCCCCCACAAACCCCUAAAUCAGAGGGUGAGAUCUUGCAGUCCCCCAAUUUGAAAAGCUUUACUUUUGCUGAUCUCAAAAUGGCCACCAGAGACUUUCGUCUUGACAGUGUGCUUGGAGAAGGUGGCUUUGGCCCUGUGUUCAAAGGUUGGAUUGACAAGAACUCACUUAGCCCAACCAAGCCGGGAACUGGCUUAGUGAUUGCUGUGAAGAGGCUAAACCAUGGCGGCCUUCAGGGCCAUAGCGAAUGGCUGGCAGAACUGAACUAUUUGGGGCAGUUCUCGCAUCCUAAUCUCGUAAAACUGAUUGGUUAUUGUUUAGAGGAUGAACAUCACCUUUUGGUUUAUGAAUGCAUGCCUCGUGGUAGCUUGGAUAACCAUUUGUUCAGGAGGGGCUCGUAUUUCCAACCUUUAUCCUGGAAUCUCCGUUUGAAGGUUGCUCUUGGUGCUGCAAAAGGGCUUGCUUUUCUUCACUGUACCGAAGCAAAAGUUAUAUACCGAGAUUUUAAAACUAGCAAUAUUUUGCUCGAUUUGAACUACAAUGCCAAGCUCUCUGACUUUGGGUUGGCCAAGAAUGGACCAACAGGCGAUAAAAGCCACGUCUCCACAAGGGUUAUGGGAACUUAUGGAUAUGCUGCUCCGGAGUACUUAUCCACUGGGCAUUUGUCUGCUAAGAGCGACGUUUACAGUUUUGGAGUAGUUCUUCUCGAGAUGCUAUCAGGGCGUAGAGUGAUCGACUAUAACAGACCAUGUGGAGAACACAAUCUGGUAGAAUGGGCCAAACCUUACUUGGCUAACAAGCGUAAAGUCUUCCGCGUUUUGGACAGCCGUCUUGAAGGCCAGUACACUCUUGAGGUAUCCCAGAAAGUCGCUAAUCUUGCCUUGCACUGCCUGUCCAAGGAUCCUAGGUUUAGGCCAACCAUGGAUGAUGUAGUUAAGGAACUAGAGCAACUAAAGGAGUCCAAGGAUAUGACAACUCUCAGCAAUAAACACGAUGGUUCAAGACAUCAUAGGCGAAGCGAUGGGGCGGUUGAAGAACUAGCGCAGCUCAAGGAGUCAGAGGAUACGACAACCCUUGGAUCAAGACGUCGUAGGCGAAGUGACGGUGAUGCUAUUAGUAGAAACGCGACGGCUGCUUAUCCAAGACCAUCAACUUCCCCUCUGUAUGCCAAAUAAAUGAAGGAUGCUUCUGAUUUUUAUACUUGGGGAAGUGGAGAUUGACAUAUAUAUGAGAUCAGUUGACUGUACAGUUAGUUAUGGUUAAGUUAGUUGACAUGAACUCAGUGUGAAGAUAGUGUUUUCUUAGGACAAAAGCUUGUUGUAAUGCGAAAUUCCCUCCAUCAAGAUUGCCAUUAAAUACUAUGGGUGCAUUAUUCUCAUUUUAAUUGC